AUGUCAUUUGUUGAUGAAUUACCUGCUACUUUGAAAGCCAAAAUCAUCAAUAUUUCUGGUACCAAUCCAGAGGCUCUAGAAGUAUUCGAAGAACUAUACAACCAUCUGUCAUCUGACUCAUCAUCCAAAAAGAGAAAAAUCGCAGAUGUUGACGAUAGAGAUUACUAUGAAAUAGACUCGAUAGACCCAGCUACAAUCAUAUUCCAACUUCGAGAACUAUCAUUCCAAUCCCCAUUAAGAAAGAAGCUCAACUUGACAUUUUCCAUAUCACCAGUCACCCAAAAGCCUAUACUAUCUGUUGCUAAAUCCAAUGGAGACAAACCAGACUUGGUCAUUGAUGAAUUGACGAAGGAUAAUAUAACAUUUUCAACAUUCUUACCAGCCCCAGAAAAGAAAAACUUGCUAUACUUUGUCGUCUUCUAUCAAAGAAACUUAGGUGCUGCUUUCCAAAAUGAACCAAUUGUGUUAACAAUGAACAAAGAACAAGUUAAUAAACAAUUGGUUGGUGAAAAAUUGAUAAAAGAAGGUGAAGAUUUCAAACUAUACAUUCAACGUCAAGCUGCUGUUUCUGGGUUCAAAGUCAGUGAAACCUUCCAAGGUAAUUUCAAUUCAUUUUUUGUCCAAGCUCAUAGAGGUACUAAAGAAGGUAUUUUAUAUUUCUUACCAAAUCACAUUUUGUUUGGGUUCAAAAAACCUAUACUAUUGUUCAGAUCGCAAGAUAUUGAUUCUAUUUCAUACUCUUCGAUCACAAGAGUUACUUUCAAUGUUACACUUGUUUUGAAAGAUGGUGAUAAGUUUGAAUUCAGUAUGAUUGAUCAAAGUGAUUUUGCAAACAUUGAUGAUUAUAUUAAAAAUAGACAAGUUUUAGACAAUUCAAUGAGUGAAGCAUUGAAAGCCAAACCACUUACAAAGAAUCAAGAAAGUGGUGCUUUGGCUGAAGCUGAACAACAAUUACCUGAAGGUUAUGAAGAAGAAGGUGGUGAAGUUGAUGAUGACGACGAUGAAGAAAAUGAUGCCAAUUUCCAAGUUGGUGUCGAAGUUGAUGAUACUUCAGAUGUCAGUGAUGAUGAACAGUCAGGGUCUGGUGAAGAGGAAGAGGAUGACGAUGAAGACGAAGACGAAGAAGAUGAAGAUCAAGAAGUUGAUUUAAACAGUGAUGAUGAUUAA